GGGAUGGAGAGCAAUCCUCGACCUGAAGGCUCUGAACCGCCACAUAGUCUACAGGCGGUUCAAGAUGCAGUCACUCCAGUCCAUCUUGGAGAGCAUCAGGGAGGGGGACUUCCUCACGUCAGUAGACCUGACGGAGGCAUACUUACAUGUCCCUAUCCUUCCGGCUCACAGACGAUUCCUCCGCUUCUGCCACGGGGGUCUCCAUUACCAAUAUUGUGCCCUUCCAUUCGGGCUCUCCUCGGCCCCCAGGGUCUUCUCAAAGCUAAUGGCCGCUCUCACAGCGCGCCUCCGGGCUAUUCCAAUCAGAAUCCAAGCUUAUCUGGACGAUCUCCUUAUCCAAUCUCGAACAGAGACCCUGGCGGCAGCGGAUUUGUCCACAACCAUUCAGGUUCUAGAAGCCCACGGCUUCUCGAUCAACAAGGCCAAAAGUCACUUACAUCCUACGAAUCGAAUCCAACACUUAGGGGCCAUCAUAGACACGAUCGAGGGCCGGGUCUAUCUGUCACAGGAGCGUCUCACCAAUUUACAGAACCUAGUCAGGGGGGUAACCAAGAGACGUCUUAUUCCUUUAAAGACCCUUUCCCAACUCUUGGGGAAACUGGUCUCCUGCAUCGGCAUUGUACCUUGGGCUCGUCUCCACUGCAGGACACUGCAGUGGUUUCUACUCCCCUAUCAAAAGGCACACACAGCUACGUCACCAAUACUUGUCCAACUUCCACAACAAGUCAGGCACUCCCUUCUAUGGUGGAUCUCCCCAGCCCUGUCAAAGGGCAGAGAGUUCAGGGAACCCCAACGCCUAAUCUUGACAACAGAUGCCAGUCUUCACGGCUGGGGCGCCCAUCUGGGAUCGAACAUGGCUCAGGGUCAGUGGUCCCCAGGGGACCUGACCCACAACAUAAACUGGUUAGAACUCAGGGCCAUUCAUCUGGCCUUACUAUCGUUCCAGGACAUUGUUCUCAAUCAAGACAUUCUAAUAUUAACGGACAAUGUGGCCGCAAAGGCUCAUGUGAACCGCCUGGGGGGAACCCACUCUCAGCCUCUCUUGCAAGAGGCAGUGCAACUGGGUCUCUGGGCGGAGGCUCACCUGAGGUCCAUACGGGCCUCUCAUAUAUCAGGGGUGGCAAACACACAGGCCGACUGGCUCAGCCGAGUCUCAGUCGACCAGGGGGAGUGGCGACUGAAUCCGGAUAUGUUCCUCGAGAUCACACUCCGCUUCGGGAACCCGCUGGUAGACCUCUUUGCCACUCGAGACAAUCGUCAACUGGAUCGGUUCUUCUCAAGGUACCCAGUCCAGGGGGCGGAGGGCAUAGACGCCCUGUGCAGUCUUUGGCCCCCUGGCCUCCUUUAUGCCUUCCCUCCCAUUCCAACAAUACCCAAGGUUAUCAGGAAGAUGCUGAGGGAACAGGCGGAACUCAUCUUGCUGGCUCCACACUGGCCUCGGCGCCCGUGGUUUGCGGACCUGGUGGCUCUCUCAGUGGCUCCCCCGUGGAAACUUCCUCAGACCAAGAUCUCGCUCAGCCAAGGGCAGCUGACUCAUCCGGACCCUCAGUGGUUCAAGCUGACCGCCUGGCGCUUGAGCGGAGCCUCCUGAGGAAGAGACAUGUACCUGCCAACGUCGCCAACACCAUCCAGGCGUCUCGUCGUAGUUCCACCAUUCGCAUCUACGGCUCGACGUGGCGCACCUUCUACACCUGGUGUUCAAGCAAGAACAUAGACCCUACCACCGCUUCUACGAUCACUAUCCUGAUCUUCCUUCAACACGGAUUGGAACAAGGUCUGGCAGCGAACACGCUUCGACGACAGCUCAGUGCGUCGGUCUGCCGCAUCAUCCUCGUCCGAAAGCUGGAAGGCACCAGGAGGAGGAGGUGCUUUUCAACUAGCAGACUCGAUCCCAUUGGAUACAGACCGAGUCACUCCCAUGCCUGGCUGCUGGUCCCGCCAACAGAGAAAGGACAUUCAGGUAGGACCAAUGUCCAUUCUGAUCAGAGUAAAUUACAGAGAAUUGCCCAUUAAGAUAUUUGC